AUGAUUAUCGCUAUCCACGACCCUGCUGCUCAGUGGGAUGUGCUAAGUGAAGACGAAAUUAAUAGGAUCAAAGAACGAUGCGAGGAAUUAUUAGACUGGUUCACCUAUUUGGAUGCUGAAAGUCUCACAAACUAUGAAAUAGUUGUUCCGAGUGACUAUAUGCAAAAGCGCAAGAAUAAACCGUGUUUCGAUCCCCAUCAGAUGAAGGAUAUCGCUGAUCGUUUUGAAGAAAAGGGUGACAUUGAUUUCGAAACAGAGUUCAACAUGACUCGAGAACAGCUGAUACUUGUCAUUGAUGCAGCGUGA